UUGACAGGACAAUGACCUUGGCUAAAUGUUUUCUUUUUCUCCCCCUCUGGUGUGCUCUGAUGAUCAGAGGGGGCCGUUCAAAUGCCUGGAGUGUUCAGGGGUCAUCAAAGGGCAGCUGUCCACUAUAAAGGGGCCUGUCUGGAGCUCCGUCUGCACAGAGCAUCACUUCAGCCCGAGACCAGCUGAAGGAAGGAAGGAGCUCUUUGCCUCUCAGUCAUUAUUUCUGGGGUAGAUUUUCUUAGUUAAAAUGAAAUUCAAAGUCCAGUCAGUUUUCUGCACAUUCCUCCUCUGCUCUUUUGGGGUUGUUUUCUCCAGCCAGAGCCACAGCUUUCUCUCAGGCCUCGAGACCAGUUUAGCGUUGAGAAAUCUGUCCUUUAACCCCCGCAGCAGGUAUCCCAUGUACAUGAUGCAGCUGUACCGCUCCUUUAAGACUGCUGAUUUCUCGUCGUCUGUAGCUGUCAACACCGCCGCAAUGCGAGGUGACAACCUGUCAGAGCACAGCUCUGACUCUGUCCUUAGUCUGACCGCCAGAGGUUGCCAUCAAGAGGGUGAAAAAUGGACAGUCACUUUUGACAUGUCAUCCAUCUCUGCUAGUGAGCUUGUCCAGUUGGCAGAACUUCGGAUCAGACUGCCGGCUUUCUCAAAAUCUAAGCGUUCCACAGUGGAUUUGUAUCACUUCAGGAAGCAGAGUUGUGAGCUGGGCAAUACAUCAUGCCAGGACGAGCACCUAUUCCUGGGGAGCUUCAGCACUUCAGCCAGCAGCACAAAGUCUGCCUGGAAGGUUUUUAAUGUGACCGCUCUGUUAAAGUACCGGCUGUACCAGGGAGAUGGAUUGUCGAGCCAGGAGGCCUCAGGAGAACCUGACACAGACCAUGGGAGCGGUGCCGGGGAUGAAGGGGAGGUCACCAGCAAGUCCCUCUUCAAGACUUUGGGAUUGAGGCAAAGAAAAACACACCACCCAACCAUGAACCGGGUCAUGAUGGUCAUCUUCUCCAAACACAACCUGCCACAGGAAGGCCACCCAGCAUACAGUCUCAUUCACACUGUGGAAAACUCCAAGUAUGUGACCAUGGACAGAGUUAGCAGCCAGAGUCGACGCCACAAGAGGAACAGGAUGGAGAGGAUGAGGGUGCCUGCAGGACCUACGACUCCUCCACCUACACCUGCAGCAGCAGCAGCAGCAGCAGCAGCAGAAGUAUCAGCAGCAGAGCCGUCCCAGCUGUGUCGCAGGGUCGACAUGUGGGUGGACUUUGACCAAAUCGGCUGGGACGAGUGGAUUGUGCACCCUAAGCGCUUCAAUGCAUUUCGCUGUGAGGGAGAGUGUCCCACACCACUGGAUGAGUCCUUCAGCCCUACCAACCAUGCUUACAUGCAGAGCCUCCUGAAACAUCACCAUCCAGAAAGAGGGUCCUGCCCGUCCUGUGUGCCGACGCGCCUCAGCCCGCUCUCCAUGCUGUACUACGAAAGCGAUGACUUGACCCUGCGGCAUCACGAGGACAUGGUUGUGGAAGAGUGUGGGUGUCACUGAAGGGCCAGCACGUCCCUGGUUUCACAGCCUUCACAGGAGCAACUAUUGACGGAGCGUACUCUGGAACUUUAACUGCGUCUCUUCUGUCUUCAUCUAAACAUUCAUCUACAAAUAUUAAAUGUAAAGUAUCAAGUCAUGGUUUUAAAACGAAUAACAUAUGUCUGUUAUGUUUGAAUGAGAAUAUAUUUCAUCCAUAAUGGGUGGUACAUUAUAGUAUAUAUCUUAAGUAAGGGAAAGGCUCUGUUGUGCAAAUAUUAUAUCUAUUUAUACGUCAUAUUGUAUAUUUUGUACAUAAAAUGUGAAAACAUAUAUUAAAACUUUUAAUUUUUACAUGAA